AUAUCUUUAGGAUCCAAGACCCGGGCCAUUGGGAAUGCAGCAAAGAGCCAGAUUGUCACAAAUGUAAAAAAUACGCUACAUGGCUUCAAAAAACUGCAUGGAAGAGCAUUUGAAGAUCCUUACAUACAAGCUGAAAGGGCCAAACUUCCCUAUGAACUUCAGAAGAUGCUGAAUGGCUCUGUAGGAGUAAAGGUGAGAUACCUAGAUGAAGAGAGACUGUUUGCAAUUGAACAGAUCACAGGAAUGUUAUUGGCCAAACUUAAAGAGACUUCAGAAAGUGCUUUGAAGAAACCAGUAGCAGACUGCGUGAUUUCAGUACCCAGUUUCUUCACUGAUGCUGAGAGAAGGUCUGUAAUGGCAGCUGCACAGAUCGCAGGAUUAAAUUGUCUGAAGCUGAUGAAUGAAACUACAGCAGUUGCGCUCGCCUAUGGCAUAUACAAGCAAGAUCUGCCGGCCUUGGAAGAGAAGCCAAGAAAUGUGGUCUUUGUGGAUAUGGGACAUUCUGCAUAUCAGGUUUCAAUCUGUGCUUUUAACAAGGGAAAACUGAAGGUCUUGGCUACUACCUUUGACCCUUUCAUAGGUGGUAGGAAUUUUGAUGAGGCUUUGGUAGACUACUUCUCUGAAGAAUUUAGGACAAAAUACAAACUGAAUGUAAAAGACAAUCCCCGAGCGCUGCUACGAUUGUAUCAGGAAUGUGAAAAACUAAAGAAGCUUAUGAGUGCAAACGCUUCUGACCUUCCGCUCAAUAUUGAGUGCUUCAUGAAUGACCUGGAUGUCUCCAGUAAGAUGAACAGAGCUCAGUUUGAGCAACUGUGUGCUGCCCUUCUGUCCAGAGUGGAACCUCCUCUAAGAGCAGCCAUGGAUCAAGCUAAACUUCAGCGUGAAGAUAUCUACAGUAUAGAAAUAGUAGGUGGGGCUACUAGAAUUCCAGCAGUGAAGGAACAGAUUUCUAACUUUUUCUGUAAAGAGAUAAGCACCACGCUAAAUGCUGAUGAAGCUGUCGCAAGAGGCUGUGCCUUGCAGUGUGCAAUUCUUUCCCCAGCUUUUAAAGUGCGUGAAUUUUCCAUCACAGAUGUUGUUCCUUAUUCUGUAACAUUAAGAUGGAAAUCGUCUUAUGAAGAGGGAACAGGGGAGUGUGAAGUCUUCAGUAAGAACCAUGCUGCUCCAUUCUCAAAAGUAAUUACUUUUCACAAGAAAGAGCCUUUUGACCUGGAAGCUUACUAUACCCAUCCGCAUGAAGUGCCUUAUCCUGACUCCAGAAUAGGGCGUUUCACUAUUCAGAAUGUUGGUCCUCAACAUGAUGGUGACAAUUCCAAAGUGAAGGUUAAAGUGCGUGUCAAUAUUCAUGGCCUUUUCAGUGUGGCUAAUGCUUCUAUAAUAGAGAAGCAGAACACAGAGGGAGAUCACAAUGACACACCUAUGGACACUGAAUCAUCAAGUAAAAACCAAGGCAGAGAUGAUGAGCUGCAGUUACCUUUCAUUACUGAGGAUGAUACCCUUGACUCUGAGGAGGAGGAUAAAAUGCAGGUUGAUCAAGAUGAAGGUACUCAGAAAAGUCAAGCUGAACAGCAGAACCAAGCAGAUGAGGAAUCUGAAAAUGCAGGAACCGAAACAAAAGCUGCUUGUGGAGACAAGCAAGAUAAUCCAGCGCAGCCAAAGGCUAAAGCAAAAGUUAAGAGUAUUGACCUACCUAUACAGGCAAGCCUCUAUAGACAACUGGGACAAGAUCUUAUCAAUUGCUAUAUAGAAAAUGAGGGGAAGAUGAUGAUGCAAGACAAGCUUGAGAAAGAAAGAAAUGAUGCUAAGAAUGCUGUUGAAGAAUAUGUGUAUGACUUCAGAGACAAACUGUGUGGAGUCUUUGAGAAAUUCAUCACUGAAGAAGAUUCAAACAAGCUGACCUUGAUGUUGGAGGACACAGAAAACUGGCUUUAUGAAGAUGGAGAGGACCAGCCAAAACAAGUAUACAUGGAUAAGCUUCAGGAAUUAAGAAAAUUUGGACAGCCUAUUCAGGAAAGAUACAUGGAACAUGAAGAGAGGCCAAAAGUGUUAAAUGAACUGGGAAAGAAGAUUCAGCUCCUUAUGAAAGCAGUAGAAGCAUACAAAAAUAAGGAUGAAAAAUAUGAUCACCUGGAUCCUGCUGAGAUGGAAAAAGUUGAAAAAUAUAUUAGCGAGGCUAUGAAUUGGUUGAACAGCAAAAUGAAUGCCCAGAACAAACUAAGUCUAACUCAGGAUCCAGUUGUGAAAGUGGCAGAAAUACUGACAAAAUCUAAGGAAUUGGAUAGCUUCUGUAAUCCCAUUAUAUACAAGCCCAAGCCGAAGAUAGAACCUCCCAGUGAUGGGCAGUCAAAAGCUAAUGGUGAACACAAUGGACCAGUGAACGGACAGAGCGGUACUGAAACAAAACCUGAACCAGCGAAGGACAAUUCUCAGCAGACCAAACCACCUGGAGAAAUGGAAGUGGACUAAAUCUUGCAUUUCUUUUACUUAAUUAAAAUAGUGCAAGUAACCACAGGGUCCAUUGUUUUUGGUCUGGUACACACCUCAGAUGUUCAGUUAUUCUUAGCCACCCUUCUGUCAUUUGUUGCUGAGUAGUUUUGAAAGUGUUUUAUAUUAAGUACACCUCUGAUGUUCAUUUCCACUGAUGCUGCUUAUGUGGAGCUUUAGCCAAAUGUAGAUUGUAUAAGUCAGUUUAAGCUUUCCCAAUAUAUUUUAUAUCAAACAUACAGAAUUGAUAUAUAAAUGGCAACAAUCUACCUUAUUUAAAGCUUUUAUUGUGGAUAAACCUCAGCUCCUUUAUUCAGGAAAGGAUACUGUAUUGCACUACUGAUGCUCAAGUGUAGAUCUAAUUGCAUCUUUAUUUUGGAAAAAUAUUGGAAUUGAAGUGGCAAAACUUGUCACUUGAAGCACUGACCUUUUCUAGUUAUUGUAUUGUUAUAAUUUAAAUAUUAAAGUAGAGGUUAGUUGGCA